GAAAAAAAAAAAAAAAAAAAGGAACUUUUUAGUGUCAAAAUUGUCAAUACCCAAAUAACAAUGGGCAAGAAGCAGAGCACCCAAAAUUCACAGCGCACCCAAUAAGUGCAUACAAUUCAUCAUUCAUGAUAUAGCAGAAAGUUCGGAUUUCGGAGAGAAAAGAGGAGUUUGGGAUAUACCAUCUUUCCUCUCUGUGUUCCGUGAAUGGCCAUUUUAUCCCAAGCCAAUCACCAUUAAUCAUAGAGGAUAUGGGUCACCAUCAUCACAACCACCACCACAACACCAGCGAUGGUGUUUCUCAGCGUGUCAACAGUCCGAGAUUCUCGGGUCCAAUGACUCGCCGAGCACCUUCAUUCAAGCGCAACGCUAAUAACUUACACAACAACAGUGGCGGCAAUCACAACAACCACAACAGCAACAGCAGUAGUAGUAAUAGCGGCGGUGGGCUCAGCGCCCACCAUGAGAUUGAGCUCCAGCUCAACUCACCCAGAUCUGAAAUUGGCAAUAACUCAGUUUCCGUUGACGGGUUUGACUCGGUUUUGGAUAGGAGACAAACCCAUCAUCUGAGUCAGAGAGUUCAUGCCGGUGUUGUUCGUAGCUUGUUGAGGAAGCCCAUUAUUGGAUCUAUGGUUGUGGAUUUCGGAUUGAGGGAAAGGAAGAAGCUUGGACAUUGGAUGUUCUUGGUCUUCUGUGGGUUGUGCGUGUUUUUGGGUGUCUUGAAGAUUUGUGCCACUGGCUGGUUUGGAUCUGCCCUUGAAAAAGCUGGGUCCAAUCAGAACUCAUUGGACUACAUCAAUCGUCUAAAUCUGAUAGACCACGAUUCUCAUGGUUACAGAUACAGCGAGGGAGUAGUUGAUGUUGAAAGAACUCUAAUGAUGGUAGAAUCAGAUAUAGUCGUUGGCCAGAACAGCGAGGCCAAACACUCUGAUAUCUGGUCCAAACCUGACAGCGAGAAUUUCACUAGAUGCAUUGACCAGCCAAAAAACCACAAAGUGCUAGACAUGAAGACUAAUGGAUACAUUCUUAUAAAUGCUAAUGGCGGUUUGAAUCAGAUGAGAUUUGGGAUUUGUGAUAUGGUUGCUGUUGCUAAGAUUAUGAAGGCGACACUUGUACUACCUUCACUUGAUCAUACGUCCUACUGGGCUGAUGAGAGUGGCUUUAAAGAUCUUUUUGAUUGGCGGCACUUCAUUGAGACACUGAAGGAUGAUGUCCACAUAGUUGAGACUUUACCACUUGCUUAUGCUGGAAUUGAGCCUUUCAACAAAACACCAAUAUCUUGGUCUAAGGUUAGUUAUUACAAACACGAAAUCCUCCCACUGUUGAAGCAACACAAAGUAAUCUAUUUUACUCAUACUGAUUCUCGGCUUGCCAACAAUGGGAUUCCAAAUUCUAUACAAAAGCUGAGGUGCCGUGUCAAUUACAGGGCAUUGAAAUAUUCAGCUCCUACAGAACAACUUGGAACCACCUUGGUUUCUAGAAUGCGACAGAAUGGAAAACCUUAUCUUGCUUUACAUUUGAGGUAUGAGAAGGAUAUGCUUGCAUUUACAGGCUGCAGUCACAGUUUGACUGCAGAAGAAGACGAUGAACUACGUACGAUGAGGUAUGAAGUCAGCCACUGGAAGGAGAAGGAGAUUAAUGGGACUGAGAGAAGGUUGCUUGGUGGCUGCCCGUUGACCCCUAGGGAGACUUCACUUUUACUCAAAGGGUUGGGUUUUCCAUCCAGCACCAGGAUUUACUUGGUUGCUGGUGAAGCUUAUGGAAAUGGAAGUAUGCAAUAUCUUAAGGAUGACUUCCCACACAUCUUUUCUCACGCAACUCUCACUACAGAAGAAGAGCUUGGUCCUUUCAAAAAUCAUCAGAAUAUGUUGGCUGGUCUAGACUAUGUCGUUGCUUUACAGAGUGAUGUUUUUGUUUAUACUUAUGAUGGAAAUAUGGCCAAGGCAGUUCAAGGUCAUAGGCGCUUCGAGAACUUUAAAAAGACUAUUAAUCCUGACAAGAUGAAUUUUGUGAAACUUGUUGAUCAGUUUGAUGAAGGAAAAAUUUCAUGGAAGAAAUUCAGUUCCAAAGUGAAAAAGCUUCAUAUAGACAAAGUUGGAGCUCCGUAUAUGAGGGAGCCUGGAGAGUGUCCGAAGCUGGAGGAAAGUUUUUAUGCAAAUCCCCUUCCUGGAUGUAUCUGUGAAACGGGAUGGGAAAAAUAGGAGGCUAGAUUGAAGUGCUGACAUUGCGGUUCAUGCUCUAAUUUCAGCUGCAUCCAAAAGACAUGGAUGGGGUUUGUUGCUGUAGUUCAAACAUAUUUCCCGAGGAAGUCAGGAUUCGAAACUUCCUAAUUCAGGAAACUCUUGGAUGGGAAUCGGCAUUGCUCAACUAUGGUAAAAGUUUUUGGAACAUAAGGAAUUAAUACAAAUACAAGAAGGUUGGAGUCAUUAUCUAAUUCUUGGUUCCAUCAAGGUCUAACUCAUUCUUACUAUAUGCAACCGAAAUGUAAAAACAUUCAGAACAAGGAACCAAAAAAAAAAAAAAGAAAAAAAAAAAGAAAGAAUUUCCUCUCUACUGUACCUCUUUUUAAUUUUUAAUUUUUUUUGGUUAUAAUGGAUUACACUAUGGAAAUUAAGUAUCAGAGAAUCUUGUGUUACAUGUCUAAAAGGUUGAACCAAAAUUAAUGUGCAUUUUCAUGAGAGAACGCAUCUUAUUUGAGGAA